UUUCAUUUCGACUACCUGUAAUGUGUUUCCUUAUUUCUUGCAGCCACAGACCUGUAACAUAUCUAGAGAUGUCAUACAGCUGAUUAGGAAGUCGAGCGGAGUGGGCGCAGACCUCGAAAAUCGUUCUUCCGCCCGCGGAUGAUGUAUCGAGCAGUAGAAUUUGGCACCCAACGCAGAAGUUUGAAACCAUGGAUGGUGGCCCUUCUUGUUCUGCUAUUACUGACAGUGGUGGCAGUGGGUAUUGGUCUUCUGGCUCACUUCUUGGUCUCUGGCCAGAAAAUGGAGUAUUAUCAUGGCACCUUUAAAAUUUCAGAUCUACAAGUCAAGAGUAAUUCUGGACAAAAUACCCCAUACCAACUUAAGGACUUACGGGAGAUGAGUGAGACCUUGGUGGAUGAAAUAUUUAUAGAUUCGGCCUUGAACAAGCAUUAUAUCAAGAACCAAGUGGUCAGACUGACUCCAGAGGAAGAUGAUGUGAAAGUAGAUGUCAUUAUAGUGUUCCAGUUCCCCUCUGCCGAGCCAAGGACAGUUAGAAAGAGGAAAAUCCGUAGCAUCUUAAAUGAGAAAAUAAAGAACACCAGAGCCUUAUCAAUAAAUGCCUCAUCAGUUGAAGUUAAUGCAAUGAGCUCUUCAACAGGGAGGCUAACUGUCCAAGCAUGUUGUGGUAAACGGGCCGUUCCAUUAAUAGUCAACAGAAUAAUGUCUGGAGACAUGGCAGCCAAAGCUGCCUGGCCAUGGCAAGCCUCCCUUCAGCAUAAUAACGUGCAUCAGUGUGGGGCCACCUUGAUUAGUAAUACGUGGCUUGUUACUGCAGCACACUGCUUUAAGACUAAAGCAAAUCCACGUCAAUGGACCGUUAGCUUUGGAACAACAAUCAACCCUCCAUUGAUGAAAAGAAGUAUUAAAAGAAUUAUUGUCCAUGAGAGGUACCGCUCCCCAGCAAGAGAGUAUGAUAUUGCUGUUGUGCAAUUCUCUCCCAGAGUCACCUUUACUGAUGACAUCCGUCGAGUUUGUUUGCCAGAAGCCUCUGCAACCUUCCAACCAAAUUCAACUGUUUAUAUCACAGGAUUUGGAGCACUUUUUUAUGGUGGGGAAUCCCAAAAUAAUCUUCGAGAAGCCAGAGUGAAAAUCAUAAGUGAUGAUGUAUGCAAGCAGCCACACGUGUACGGCAGUGAUAUAAAAUUUGGAAUGUUUUGUGCUGGAUAUCUGGAAGGAAUUUAUGAUGCCUGCAGGGGUGAUUCUGGGGGGCCUUUAGUUGGAAAGGAUCUUAAAGACACCUGGUAUCUCAUUGGAAUUGUGAGCUGGGGUGAUAACUGUGGUCAAAAGAACAAACCUGGAGUCUACACAAAAGUGGCUAAUUACCGAAACUGGAUUGCUUCAAAAACAGGCCUUUAAUUCACUAUACAAGUUAAACACUGAGAGUUGUAUGCAGGUCAUACAUGUAUAAGAAUCCAAAUAUUCUAUUCAAUGAAGUGAGAUUAAACGACAUGAAUUAUUUCAGAAUCACUUGAAUCAACCAAAAACCCAUAGCCAAUUCAUAAAGAAUUUAAAUCUGUAAAGUAGUGGGUCAGUUUAGCCUGGUUUGAAAAGUACAGCAGAGAUACUUAGCUUUUUAAAUCAUACAAACUAGAGUAUAAAAGAGGAACAGUGAAAAUUUCUGAGGAUAAUCCAUGAGAUUAUUACAGUGUCUUUGUUAGCAAUGUCCCCUAAAGUGAGAAACUUUUUAAAUUUUCAGAGUUCACAAAACCUUUAUAUAAUUUUCUAUCA